AUGAAGUCACGAAUUGCAUUAACCUUAAGACGAUUUAUAUCCACUAGGCCACGGCUUUUCACCACCUAUACCACCGGACAACCAACAUAUGAAACAAGACCUCAUAUUAUCACCCAACCAGGUGAUUUAACUCCAGGGAUUUCUGCAAUGGAAUACUAUCAACGUCGAUUGAAAUUAUCAACACAUCUUCCAUCCAAAUCAUUGGCCAUAAUAAUUGGGAAUACCACUCAAUUCAGUUCUGGGAGCGUAUUUUAUGAUUUUCAACAGGAUAACGAUCUUUAUUAUUUAACUGGAUGGCUAGAACCUGAUUCUAUAGUGGCCAUUGAGAAGAAGGGUGACAAUGGUGAGGAUGACGUGGUGUUGCAUAUGUUAGUUCCUCCAAAGGACCCCAAAAAGGAGUUAUGGGAAGGUCCGAAAAGUGGAUUGGAAGGUGCAUAUAACAUUUUUAACGCCGAUUUGGUUGAAGAUAUAAGUCAGGCCCCAUCGUACUUGAAGCAAUUAAUUAAACAGAAUGAUUACAUAUAUUGGGACAAAAAAUUUAAUCUGAAACAAAAUGAAGGAUUGAGACAGUUUUUCAAUUUUUCAACAAAUCAUCGCCAUCAUCAAGGUAUAAAUGAAAUUAUCGAAAAUUCAAAAAAAAGUGUACAGAAACUAUCCCCAAUAGUAGCAAAAUUACGUGUUAUUAAAUCUGACGCAGAAGUAAGUGUUAUGAAACGAGCUUGUGAAAUUUCAAGUGUAGCAAUUAAUCGAGCAAUGGCUACAGUGGGAUCAGAUGAUCCUAUCAAUUCUGAAAACACGUUGGCACGAUACUUGGAGUAUCAGUUUGUGAAAGGUGGAUGCGAAAAGAAUGCCUAUAUCCCAGUGGUUGCCAGUGGAUCUAACGCAUUAUGUUUGCACUACACCAGAAAUGAUGAUUUGAUCAAGAAAAAUGAACUUAUUUUCAUUGAUGCUGGUGGGAAAUUAGGCGGAUAUUGUGCUGAUAUUUCUCGAGCAUGGCCAAAUUCAACAGACGGCUUUACUGAUGCUCAAAGAGAUAUAUAUGAAGUCGUCUUAGCUACUAAUAAAAAGUGCAUUACUUUGUGUAGCGAAUCGUUAGGCUACUCAUUCCAUGAUAUCCAUGAAGUUUCAGUGAACACAUUAAAGCAUGAAUUGAAAAAUCUUCCUGGGUUUGGUGAUGUCACCUUCAGCGACAUCUCUAGAAUUUACUACCCACAUUAUGUGGGUCACAACGUGGGGCUAGAUUUGCAUGACAUACCAUCCGUAUCCAACCGUUUGCCCUUAAAACAAAACCAAGUCAUUACCAUAGAGCCAGGAUUGUAUAUACCACAUGACGGACCAAAACAUUAUAGAGGCAUAGGCUUACGUAUUGAAGAUAACGUUGUUGUUGGGAAAACCCAUAGGGAUAUAAUUAAUUUGACAAGUGGUUGCAAGAAAGAGGUUUCUGAUAUCGAGGCAUUAGUUAGGGGUGGUUAA